AAGAGAGAGAUUGAAGAGCCAAGUUACUCAAAUGGGGGAUCAAGUCCCGGGUUUCAGGCCAGGCCUGGAGAUUUUACAGGUUGGAGAUAGAGCUGAUUCAAAUCUUUAUAUAAGUAUGAAGCUAAAAGCUGCUGAGGAGAUUGGAAUCAGAGCCACACAUAUUAAAUUACCAAGAAACUCAACUGAGGCAGAGGUUUUAAAGUGCAUCACAUCUUUGAAUGAAGACCCUACUGUACAUGGACUCCUGGUCCAGUUACCUUUGGAUGCAGAAAAGAACACUAGCACUGAGCUGGUGACAAAUACCAUCGCUCCCGAAAAGGAUGUGGAUGGUUUGACUAGCGUCAGUGCUGGGAAGCUUGCUAGAGGUGACUUAGAGGAUUGUUUCAUUCCCUGUACACCUAAAGGAUGCUUGGAACUUAUCAAAAAGACAGGAGUACAAAUUGCCGGUAGGCAUGCUGUGGUGGUUGGACGUAGCAAGAUUGUUGGUGCACCAAUGCAUGACUUGCUUCUGUGGAAUAAUGCCACAGUGACCACAUGCCAUUCAAAGACUAUCCAGUUGUCUGAGGAGGUGAAUAAAGCUGAUAUUCUUGUGGUUGCAACUGGACAGCCUGAAAUGGUGAGAGGAGAAUGGAUUAAACCUGGAGCUAUAGUAAUAGACUGUGGAAUCAACUAUGUUCCAG